UGUCGUCAUCACGCUCGCCAUAUUGAAUCAGGAAAUCGGGACUCGCGAGCCGGACGCAUGUAAACAUCCACGUCAACAAGCAGCUGUUAUUUCAGAAACGAGGAGAAAUUUAUCUUUCUUUUCCCCUCUAAGCUGAUGUGUUAUUAAACAGUACUGUUGGGACGUGUUGCUGAUCGGAAUACCGGACUGUGAGUGGGAAUAAUGACUUCGCUGACGCAGAGGAGCACCUCGGGCCUGGUGCAGCGGCGGACCGAGGCCUCGCGUAACGCCGCCGCCGACAGAGAGAAGAUCUCCGACGGGGACGAGCACGAAGAGCGCCGCGGGGAGGAGGACGACGACGAGCUGGGAGACUCGAAGGAGACGCGGCUGACACUCAUGGAGGAAGUGCUGCUGUUAGGACUGAAAGACAGAGAGGGAUACACGUCAUUCUGGAAUGACUGCAUAUCUUCGGGUCUGAGAGGCUGCAUGCUAAUCGAGCUCAGCCUCCGAGGACGACUACAGCUCGAACCUUGCGGCAUGAGGAGGAAAAGCCUGCUGGCCAGAAAGGUGCUGUGUAAAUCAGAUGCACCCACAGGAGACGUGUUGCUAGACGAGGCGCUGAAACACGUGAAGGAAACGCAGCCUCCUGAGACGGUGCAGAACUGGAUAGAGCUGCUCAGCGGAGAGACGUGGAAUCCCCUGAAGCUCCACUAUCAACUUCGCAAUGUUCGUGAGCGUCUGGCGAAGAACCUGGUGGAGAAGGGUGUGCUGAGCACAGAGAAGCAGAACUUCCUGCUGUUCGACAUGACCACGCACCCGCUGAGCAACAGCACGGUGAAGCAGCGCCUCGUCAAGAAGCUCCAGGAAGCCAUGCUCGACAAGUGGGUGAGGGAGCCGCAGCGCAUGGACAAGCGUCUGCUCGCUCUUAUCCUCCUUGCACACUCCUCCGACGUGCUGGAGAACGCUUUUGCACCACUGCAGGACGACCAGUACGAGCUCGCGACAAAGCGUGUACGCGCACUGCUCGAGCUCGAACCGGAGACCGAGGCGACCAAAUCCGGUGCCAACGAGCUGCUCUGGGCCGUCGUGGCCGCUUUCACCAAAUGAAACCUGACUGAGAAUGGAAGAGAUGGAAAGAAUGAGUGGACUUUAUAUUCGAUGAACCUGCUAGAAAGAAAGAGAGAUUGUGGCUGCUUGCACCAAAUGAAAGGGAAUGAGAGAUGACUUUGAGCUCAUAACCCUUGGCUUUAUAGCUUGGGUUAUACUGGACGAUAUUGGAGGUGGUGGGAUCAUAAUAAUGGUGAAAUUCCUGAUAAUGAAGGAGAUGAUGAUAAUUAUGAUGAUUAUGAUGAUUAUAAUAACGUUUCUCAAUGAAAACGACCUCCAUAACUUGGAGAUUUUGUGUAGUUCAGUUGUGAUCAGAAAAUAAUUGUUUCUCUGAGAGAUUUUCACUUAGUUCCUCUAAUAAGGUCAUCUUCCCAUGAGGAAAGCUGGAUCUGCUUGUACACAGGUAUCUACCAAUAGCACGUUCAGCAAGAAUGGUUCCGGUUACAAAAUCACUGCCCUCACCUUACAAUAAAAGAGUGGUUAGGUGAAAAAAUGUACAAUGUACAAAAUUGCACAGCGUUCCUUUACCACAAGCAGAGUUUACACUUGGGUUAUGGGUCAAAGUGUCUAACAAGUAAUACAAGACUAUUUCAAAGAAUCCGUUCCACAGAAAUGUCAGAUGUUGAACAUGUCAUGGCUGAUCAACUACAUUUGGCUAAGGGUGAAAUCGGGGAAUUUUUUUUUGUCAUGCUGUUGCUUUAACAUGUGAUCUGUAUCUGGAUAUUGAUGUUCCUUUGUUCACUGUUUCUCAGACUGGUCUGUCUACCGACAGCUGACAUGACAUGAUCAUGCUCUGGCUGAGAUCCGAUCCCCGUGCCGUCCAGAGAGACCUCCAGCUUUUGUCCCUAGUAUUUUUAUUCAAUCAGAUCCUGAUUCUCACAUAAUCACUGUAAAAAAAAAAAAAUCAGUCAUUUUUUUAUGUUGUUAAUUUUUUUUUUUUUGUAAACCACCAGACCCCAGCAGGGCUGGUGGGUAUUUUAUUAUUUUUAUUAGGGAUUCACUGUUGGUUUGAUUACUGCGAGCAUCUCAGUGUCGGCUUCAUAUCGGAUGAUGUUAUUCUAACAGGCAGAUUUUUAGAUUUUUUUUUUUCCCCCCACUCUGUUAAUUUUCUAGCGAGUACAUGAUUCAGGGUUUUCCAGAGAAGGGAGUGUGUGUGUCUGUGUUUCCAAUGUGCAUGAAUGAUUUAAUGCACAUCAUAUGCAGAGUAAAGACAUGCAUGCAGAGUAUGUAUGCAGAUGUAUGCAGAGUAAAGAAAUGCAUCUCCAUCAACAGUAAGGAACAAACCCCUGAACAAAAAAAUUCAACAUUAAGUAGACCUAAUUAAUUCGUCCUGUAUACUCUUCCGAAAAGCUUUAUCUACCAUUUUCAACAGGUUUAAAAAGGAAACAGCAUCAGAAUAACCAGAAUAUCAGCAAUCAGAAUUGCAGAAUAACCUUCUGGGUAGGUUCUAGUCAAGUUGUCAACUCGGCCUCUAAUAUAACCAUCCUCUAAGGAACUUCACUUGAGCUGAUGAAGAAAUUCACAAUACAAACAGAACAUGAAUGCAGUUUUAUUAUCAAUAAUUUAAAAUCAAGUUCAAACUUCUUAGGCUAUAACUAGCAUGGGGGAAACAUCUCCACUAAUAUGUAGUUUCUGAAUACAAUCUCAGACACACUAAUGGCACUCACAGUGCAAAACCAUUUUACCUCCAUUUACCUGAACUUGUUUUGUUUUCUUAAAAUGGAUUUAUUUCACCCUUUGUCAUUAUACUUUUUAAACACUAUAAUAUGGCUUCAAAAUUUCCAGAUUUUCUGUAUAUUAGUGAGUACUUCUGUUUUGUUUGGGUUCUUUAUAAUGAUGUACCGAUCCAAACUUUCCAAAACUUGGAAAUUGGACCAAAACUUUCCUGGAUUGCUGGAUUAUUAUCAAAUUUUCUGGUCCUGUCCACUGACAUGUUUUGUCUGUGAGCUUGACUGGUCAUUAUUUUCAUCGGAAGCUCAUCUUAUGCCGCAAGAGAAUCACAGCAAACAGGAUGUCCUCACAGCAACACCUUUUCUGUGAAAUGAGAAAGUAGGAUCAGUUCAUCCCUAGUUCUUUCUUAGUCAUUCCACCUUACUGUGAAUGAGAAGAGGUUUCGGGUUUGAUUGUUGAUCUGCUGUUAGUUAACUACUGUGUAGAAGUAGUGCUGGUGUGAAAGGAAACUGUGGCUUUGUAUACAUGCUUUUUACCUUGUAAUAAAGGAUGAUCCUUUAAGUGCCUGAACUGGAUGGAAACAAA